UUGAUACGAUAACAGUAUUCCGAGGAGAAGUUUGCCACAGACUAUUUCAAUGAUCGGUGAUUUAUGUCGAGAGGUUGUGACAGCAUACCUUUAACAAUCGCUGUUGUCAGUGAAGAGGUUGCAAAAGUGGCGAUAAACCAGCAUCGAUCGCGCUGACUCGUCGCAUUCUCAGCCGGGUUUUCCUGCAAGAGGUCGGGCUACGGUAAAAGACGAGGACAGAGAACGGUAAAGGAGUAAGAAGGAGAGAGAGUCUGAGAGAAGAUAGCCAGACAGAGUGAGGCAGAGAGAGAGAGAAAGAGAGUGUGCGCACCUACCCGUAGGAAGGAAAGUAGGGAAAACUUGGGGUGGGAGUUAGAGGGUAAUAGCGAGCAAAAGACGGGAACCAGUGGUGUACGAUUGUUGGUGGACGAUAUUAGAUAGCCAGGAUAGAAGACACUCGAGACAAAUACGGUUAAAUUGCUCGCGAAAUGGCGUGGGGAUAUUGGAGCGCAACGUCAGUUAGCGAUCGGGGUCGGUCACCCCGUCGUGACAAGGAUAAACAACAGCAUCAGACAUUGCAUCAGCAGCAGCAACAACAACAAUAUCAUCAGACUGAAACGGGAGUUUCACAGGGGAUAUACGGUGUGCAGCAAGUACAAGGUGAGCUUGCCGAUGUCAGCUCCUCCUCUGCUGUCUCUACAGGGCCUGGUGUUAGUGCCGGUGCCGCAGUGGAGGAACCACCCUGCAGUAUAAUGAUACAGGGUGGUUCCUUCUAUUCUUAUUCGGCGGCUACGGCGGCAGCUGCAGCUGCGGCUGCUGUUGGGCGUAGAAUGCCUUCCGCCGUCGAAGGAGGACCUUCUACUUCUUCCACGGGUAUACAAGUUUUACCAAGGGAUCGACCGAUUAAAUCAAGUACUAGCACUUAUCCACCAUCGCCGAGCAGUGAUUCGGCCGAAUACGAGCAACCGAUCGCCGGUUUACGAACCGAAUGUUCGCCUCAUAACAGUCCUCACGACGAUAUAUUCGCACAGCCUGGCACCUCUUCGUCCAGGAUUAAACUUUUAUGUGACAAGGGUAUCGACGACACAUCCGAGGUUGAUAUUGAUGAAGUAACCGCGACGGAGAUGAUGUACGCGACCGCUAAUCGAGCUAUAGGGACUAGUACGUGUCGUGUUCAUGGACCGUGUAAUCCACUGCCGGAUUCUGCACCACCUAUGCCGCCUCUGAUUGACGAUACAACCGGAUCCUCGGAAUUUUGGUUCAACGACAUCACCUGGGAUCAAACAAAUGUGGCAAAGAAAGUUACGUUAACCGUUGUAAAUUUUUUCCUAACGUGCCACCUGCGCCAGGAAUGCCCUGUCAGGGAGAAGACACGAGCGUUUUGCGCAUUCUGCCAAGAUCGGAUUUGGGGGCUAGGUCGGCAGGGGUUCAAAUGCAUUCAAUGCAAACUUCUGGUACACAAGAAAUGCCACAAGGUGGUGCGCAAGCCAUGCUUGAGUGUACAACAACAGCAACAACAACAGAUGCCAAGCACAGAAUCGCAAACGAUCGACAGGAACGGCGAUCAACAACAGCUUGAUUCUGUCCAAUGCAGCCCGGUAGCUCAUCUCGAGGAUGAGAUCUCAGAAUCGGCAAUUAUCGAGGAGCAUUCACGAAAUCGAACGGGAAGUGAAGAAAGGGAGGAAUUGCCACUGGAUACGUUAAACGAUGCAGAUAAUUCAAAUGAUAUGCAGAGGCAAUACUCGUUAAAUGAUUUCGAACUGAUUAGGGUAAUCGGUCGUGGUUCCUACGCGAAAGUUUUGAUGGUAGAAUUAAAACGUACAAAAAGGAUUUAUGCAAUGAAAGUAAUUAAAAAAGCCUUGGUAACGGACGACGAGGACAUCGAUUGGGUUCAAACGGAGAAACACGUGUUCGAAACCGCCUCGAAUCAUCCUUUCCUUGUGGGACUUCACUCAUGCUUUCAGACGCCUUCUCGUCUGUUCUUCGUGAUCGAGUUCGUACGCGGCGGAGAUUUGAUGUUCCAUAUGCAGAGACAACGCCGUCUUCCUGAAGAGCAUGCUCGAUUUUAUGCAGCUGAAAUCAGUCUUGCUUUAAACUUUUUACACGAGAAAGGUAUCAUAUACAGAGAUUUAAAAUUGGAUAAUGUGUUGCUUGAUCACGAAGGACACGUAAAAUUAACCGAUUACGGAAUGUGUAAGGAAGGCGUUAGAGAGGGUGACACAACCGCCACAUUUUGUGGCACUCCGAAUUACAUUGCACCCGAAAUAUUGAGGGGUGAAGAUUAUAGCUUCUCUGUAGAUUGGUGGGCGCUUGGUGUACUUCUGUAUGAAAUGCUUGCAGGUCGUAGCCCGUUCGAUAUCGCGGGCGCAUCAGAAAAUCCAGAUCAAAAUACCGAAGAUUAUCUAUUUCAAGUUAUUUUACAAAAGACAAUUCGUAUACCAAGAUCAUUAUCGGUCAAAGCAGCAUCAGUUCUUAAAGGUUUCCUCUGCAAAGAUCCAAAUGAAAGAUUAGGUUGUGGCAAGAGGCCAACUGCUUUUCUUGAUAUUGUUGCCCAUCCCUUCUUCAAAGCCAUAGAUUGGGAAAUGUUGGAACAAAAACAAGUAACACCACCGUACAAACCAAGAUUAGAUUCUGAUCGUGAUUUAGCCAAUUUCCCACCAGAAUUUACAGAUGAACCAGUACAUUUAACACCAGAUGAUCCGAGAGUGAUCGACAAGAUCGAUCAAAGUGAAUUCGAGGGCUUCGAAUAUGUGAACCCGUUACUUAUGUCUUUGGAAGACUGCGUGUGACAAGAACCGCUUGUUAUUGUGCCACGUCACACUCAAAAUCAGCAACAAUUACAUUCGUGUUAUAUGUAUGAAUUACAAGAUAAAUUUGCGAAACUCCGAAUCGAUCCCCUUUUAAAUAUCAGCUCAAGAAAUCGAGGUUAUCAUAACAAUGUUUUUUUAAUGACAUAUUCUGAAGAGAAUGAGAACGACAAUAAUUAUAACGAAUAUCGGUUAUCACCACCUUUUCCAUUUCGAUACGAAAAUCCGAUAUGCUCCAGUUCUCUAAGUAUCACAGACGUGACGUACGGCUUUAGCAAUAAUAAUGAGAUCAUUAGUAACUAUGAUGAACACAAUUAUGACGAUGAGAAAGAUGAAAGUCCAAAGAAAGGACUCUUAAAGCAAAUGUUUUGCCUUCCAUUAAAUUAAGCUAAAUAAGGCUUAUUUAAUAUUACGAGAUUGCCUCUAAUCAAUAGUUAAUAUAAAUUUUGUAGAUUGCAAAAGAUUUGUAACCUGCAACGGUGUUAAAGUUUACAGAAUCCUUGUAUUAAGUAUUGGACGAAAAAGUAUUUAAUUUGCGCCACAUAUUAUACAUGAAUCGUGUUGAACUCUUCUUUCACAUGGUGCUGCAACUUAAACGUAUUAAUGGGUAUUAUUUCCAGCUAUUUUUAGAAGAGAAAUUAAUUAAAAUGGAAAAUGUACCUGACUGCUUUGAUUAUUCUCGUAGAUAAUAUGUCAUUCCAUUGCGCAGUCGUUCUAUUAAUAUUUACAAGCAUUGUACGAUCUACUAUAUUGCUUGCAUGAAUGUAUUCACUAAAAAAACCAUAGCAACAAAAUAUUUCUAACGAACUUAUAUCUAUUUAAAAAAAAA